GUGGGUCUGACGUAAGUCCGCCGCCAUAGCUGUCUUUCUGUACCGGCUGAAGGAGAGAGUCAGGAGUCAUGAGAGGAAUCCGGUCCUUGAACAACCUAUCGAAACGUUGCUAUGCUGCUGCCAGGAGGAGCGAAGCUCUGACUGAACCCCUCACCAUCAGGAAACCCUCCACAGCUGCACCUCUCCCUCCCCAAAAUGUCCAGGUGUCAAAGCUCCCAAACGGUCUGGUGAUAGCGUCGCUGGAGAACUACUCCCCCCUGUCCCGUGUCGGUUUGUUUGUGAAGGCUGGGAGCCGCUAUGAGACGACGCAGAACCGGGGCGUCUCUCACGUCUUACGACUGGCAGCAAACCUGACUACAAAGGGUGUCUCUGCCUUCAGGCUCUGUCGUGGUGUGGAAGCCAUCGGGGGCAGCCUGAGCGUGACGUCAUCCAGAGAGACCACAGUGUACACGGCAGAGUGUUUGAGAGAUGACCUAGAUUCGUUGUUGGAGUUUCUGGUCAGCGUGACCACAGCUCAGGAGUUCCGGCCGUGGGAGGUGGACGAACUGACGUCCAGGGUGAAGAUCGACAAGGCUCUGGCUCAGCAGUGUCCUCAGAUAGGUAUAAUUGAGAUGUUGCAUGAAGUCGCUUACAAAAAUGCCCUGUCCAACUCUCUGUACUGCCCUGACUUCAUGGUCGGCCGGAUCUCCCCUGAGCAGCUGCUCUCGUUUGUUCAGGACACGUUCACCACUGGCAGAAUGGCUCUGGUGGGACUAGGUGUGAAACACUCCGUCUUGAGGCAGGUGGGCGAGCGGCUGAGCGUCCACAGCGGGGCCGGAGCUCCUGUUGCUAAAGCUGUUUACCGUGGAGGUGAGCUGCGGGUGCAGAACAACGAUGCCCUGGUCCACGCCCUGGUGGCCAGCGAGGGCGCUGUGACGGGUAGCGCUGAGGCUAAUGCCUUCACUGUGCUGCAAGGGAUCCUGGGAGGCGGUCCACACGUAAAGAGGGGCUGCAGCAUCACCAGCAAACUGAGCCAGGGUAUCGCCAAAGCUACCACACAGCCCUUUGAUGCCACCGCCUUCAACGCCUCGUACUCUGACUCCGGCCUGUUUGGCGUCUACACCAUCGCACAAGCUCACUCUGCAGAAGAGGUGAUCAAAGCUGCCAUCGCUCAGGUGAGCAGCAUGGCGGAGGGAGGCGUGUCAGCGGCUGACGUCACCAGAGCAAAGAACCAGGUGAAAGCUGAGUACCUGAUGUCGACCGAGAGCUCUGAGAGCCUGAUGGAGGAGAUCGGUGCUCAGGCUCUGGCCACUGGAGCCUACCAGGUCCCUGACGCCACCCUCAAGGCCAUAGACGCCGUCACCCAGGACGACGUGGUCAAGGCUGCGAAAAAAUUUGUGGCCGGCAAGAAGACCAUGGUAGCUACCGGACAUCUCAGUAAUACACCGUUUGUGGAUGAAGUAUGAAAAUAAACCAUAAGAACAGUCGAUUUUAACUCGGCUCUGCUGUGUCUGGCUGUUUUAAAAAAAAAAGUAAUAAUAAGGAAAGAGGACCUCAGAGCCACAGCGUCCUGCAGCAGUUCAUUGGAUGUCACCGAUCAUUUGUAGUCUGUCCUGCAGUAUGUGUUCACCGACGGGGAGCUGCAGGCUCGUAAAGCAGCUUUCCCUUUUGGGCUUCUUGUCAACUUCACUGUAUAUCUAUGUAAAUUAAAGUAAUGACCGUAAAACAGGUGGUGGUUGUUUGAAUUUUGCAUCUCGGAAUGAACUCCGAGGCAGAGUGGAGUAUGAGAGUGCAUUUAUUUCAGAGGUGUUGUUCCCUCCGUUGACCAGCAGAGGGCCCCAGAAGUCCUGUAAAGUUUCCUUUAAUCCAGAACUGAACAUUUUAUCUUAGAGGCUUUGGUUGUCCAGACAGCAGAUUUAACAGUUAUAGAAAAAAGCCCAAAAACUAUGAGAUCUGAUCUUUUGGGAAGUGAGAAAAUGUACAUAAUCAAAAUAAAAGUCCUCUACGUGUCCCGGUCCAA